UUGGAAUAUUGUACAUCUUUCAUUUACUGAAACACAUGCAAAAUUUGGAACGGCUGAUUCUAAAGAGUUUUUUUCGCAUUGCGCCUGGAGAUUUGAAUUUUAAUAGAGCUAGAAAGGAAUUAAUUAAAGCUUUUGGUUGGCGCCGUGUUGGAAGCAUUAAACAAAGCGACCAUUCCUCUCUAGCCUUAGCACAUGAACGUUUAACUACAAAACUUGAACUUGGAGGUGUGCAGGUUGUGUAUACUGCAAGUUUGAGUGGGGAGAGUAAUGACCAGGCAAUUGAAGCAGAAUUGGAUGAAUUGAAGGUUUGUUUAUUUUUUGGGGUUUAUUCUGUUUCUGAUUUUUUUAUUCUGUUUUUCAGUUCUGAUUUUUGUUCUGAUUUUUCUGUUCUGCACAGAGAUGUUCACAUAUUUAUUGCCGAUCUCAGCCGUUCUCUAGCUCUCCGUGUAUUUUGUGUUGCCUUCCGUUUAGGCCUCUAUGGAAAUAAUUUUGCUUGGAUUCUCCCAGGAUUUAAAAUUUCUCCAGACGGGACAAUAAAUAAUUUUUGGUGGCAAAAUAAUUAUUUAAAUAUUCAAACAAAUUGUUCUUUGGAAGAAAUUGAAGAAGUUUUAACUGGACAUUUUGCUUUAGAUCAAGCACUUAUACGGCCUUAUGAGAAAGGAAAAGAAGAAAUUUUGGCUAGUGGGAAGACUCCAACCCAAAUUCUCGAAGAAUUCCACCAAAAUUGUUUACAAGAAUAUGGUUCAAAUACAGAAUGUCAAACAGAUUCAUUAGCACAUUCAUCUUACGCUUAUGAUGGAAUUUUGGCUUUAGGCUUGGCUUUAAAUAAAAGUUUGAUUUUAAAAAAAGGAGAGGAAGAAGAAGAAUUUGAAAUUGACAAAAAACUUUUUGUUUCAAAAAUGAGAAAAACAGAUUUUGAAGGUUUAAGUGGAAGAGUUCGCUUUGAUGAUAAAGGGGAAAGGCUUGGAUUGGUACAAAUACAACAAUUAAUUAAUGGUUCGUAUUCAAUUAUUGGAUUUCUGGAUAAUGCUGAAGGACGAUUUCAGUUAAACAAGGAUAUAGAUUGGAUUCCACCAGCCGAUUCAACACUUUUAUUGCGUAGAAGAGAAUAUGUUUCUGCACUUUUAUUAAUAAUAAUGUGUUCAUUAGCUUUUGCUGGUAUUUGUUUGGCUUUGAUUUUUUUGAUUGUUAAUAUUAAAUUUAGAAAUCACAGAUUUAUAAAAAUGUCCAGUCCGAUUAUUUGUGGUUCUUUAUGUGCCUAUUUAACUAUUUUUCUUCUUUCUGUGGAUACUAGAAUGGUCAGCAUACGACGUUUUGAACAGUUUUGCUAUGCAAAAGUUUGGAUUCUUUGUUUUGGUUUUACCCUCGCUUUUGGUUCAAUGUUUAGUAAAACAUGGCGUGUUCAUUCAAUUUUUACUAAUAUUAGACGUGACAAAAAAGCAAUAAAAGAUUCCAAACUUUAUUUAAUUGUUGCUUGUUUGUUGGCGAUGGAUGGGGCAGUUUUGCUUUUAUGGGCGUUGAUUUCACCCUUUAGAUUGUCUUUAGCUGAACGAGGACAGUUUGUUAGUUUGUUUGAUUUUUUGGGUAACUUUCAUGAUAUAAAUUUCUGUUUGAGUUAGGUACGUAGUCAGGGGGAAGGGAACAACUUGUGAUUCUUCCGUCCCCAAUUUUGAUUCAGGUGUCCUCCGUGGCUCUAAUGGCUCCUUAUUUUGUUUUUUCC